CCUCACUAAUAUUACCUCUUACACUGUAUAAGCAAGUGGACUUCAUGAUCUUCCAGGUGAUUGCAUUAGUUGCUCUUAUGAUUGCUUAGAAAAGGGGAAUUGAAUUAACCAAAGGCAUUAGUUAAUUUAUAGAGGAUAAUUUGUUAAAGAGUAUAUUUAUAAAGCUGGAAUUGUCACAUAAAAUUUGAUUUUGUUCCUCUUGUUCAUUUUCUCAUUGAUUGCUUCAUGUUCGGAGUGAUAACCUUUUGGUUGAACACAAUAAUGCUUUCUAGUUCUGUAAAGUUACUUAAAGAAGAUGCUCCCCUAUAUAUAGAUAUCUCUUUAGAUAUUUAUAAAUGCCCUUUUAAAGUUAGAUUCCAUUAACAGAAGCCACCAUGGAUCAGGUAUAACAGCCACUUUCUGAGAAAUCAAUUACCCAUUGGUGUGUAAGUUAACAUGCAUUAAGAUUUGCCAUUGCUUUAAAUUACAUGAACAUAAUGAUUAUGCAUACAACUUCAAUUUCACAAGGCUAUUGUCCCUUCUAGUAAGUGAUAACUAUAUCUUCACAAUAAUGAGAAACAACUUUUUCAAUAACAUAUCAAAUCUGUUUUGCUUUUCACAUCUUGACCACCGUAUCCUUGCGACUACCACUUUAAUUUCUAUUUGUGCUUUGUGGUGGUCAACCAGAAAGUUGGACAUCCAUCCGGCUAUUCGAUCUUUGGUUGGAAGCACAUUUGGAAUGGCUGCUCUUCAGGUAACCUUAGGUGUAUCAACACUUCUAUCAUAUGUACCUGUUUCACUUGGCACUGCACAUCAGGCAGGAGCCUUAACCGUUUUGACACUCAUGCUCCUGCUCAAUCACACUGUAAGAAGGCCUUCCAUGUCCCUUCUGAAAACGCUGCCUCAGGUUGCAAAGACAGCCUGAUAGCUAUAGAGUCUCCUGAGGAUAUUAGGUAGAUUCAUUAAACACAAUGAUUUGUUUUCGGUACUCAAUGUUCUAUACCAAUCUCCAAUUUUUAAGUUCAGACGUUCAGAGCCCAUUUUGAUCGUCACUGGGAAAGCAAAAUAUGCUUUCCUCCAACGCAUCUAUUUGUAAAGACCUCAACAAGAAUAAUGCAACCAAACUGUAAUGUGUGCUUGAUUACUAGCACUGAUUUUAAGUUUAUUGAAAAUCGUGGGAAUUGUUAUAUUGUCUCAUUGGGUGAAAAUUAGAACAUUGUGGCAAAAUAUGGUUAAGAAAAAGGGUUUUUUGGAUUGAACCGGGCAAUUUUAUAUCGAUUCAAUUAUUAUCGAUUAUUAAAAAUAGGUCAAUCAGUUCAUUUAUUUAAUAAAAAAGAUUGAUUGAAUCAGUU